CCUACUUCCUCCUUUUACGUCAAACUAACUCUUCCCAAUUCUUCACACAAAAUAUCAAAUCAUACAUACUCAUAUUUAACCAAACAAAAACAAUGAUUCCGGCCGAAGUCACCGAAUAUUUCCAAUAUCUAUCGCCGGAAUACAACAGAAUAAACAUGCCUUCUUCUCCAACCUCAUCCUUAAACUACUUAAACGAUCUGAUCAUCAACAACAACAACUAUUCCUCAUCAUCUAACAGUCAAGAACUCAUGAUAAGCAACAACUCAGCUUCCGACGAAGAUCAUCACCAAAGCAUCAUAAUACUCGACGAGAGGAAACAGCGAAGGAUGCUUUCAAACAGAGAAUCGGCAAGGAGGUCAAGGAUGAGAAAACAGAGACAUCUUGACGAACUCUGGUCUCAGGUGAUUAGGCUUCGCAACGAGAACAACUGUCUUAUCGAUAAGCUGAACCGCGUGUCGGAGACUCAAGAUAGUGUAUUGAAGGAGAACUCCAAACUCAAAGAAGAAGCUUCUGAUCUCCGAAAACUUGUUUGUGAACUGAAAUCUAACAAGAACAACGACAACAGUUUUCAAAAGUCCUAAUACAGUAAUUCGAACACGUAAGAGCUUUCUAAGACAUAAGGAGAAGAAUAAUGGAAGGAAAAAAGUAGUGGGUUGUAUACUUGCACUUUGCAUUAGUAUUACCAGUUACCAUCAUGUUUUUUUUUAAUCUGAUUUGAUUAGUAGGUGUUGUGUAUGAAUUGAGUUGUAACUGAUCAUGUUUUAUAAAAAGAUAGAUAAAAUAGUAUUAUAUAAUGUAAAUUAAUGAUGACGACGGCCUCUACUAACAAUUUCUGAUAGUUUCU